AUAUUAUAAAAUCAGAACAGAACUAGAAAAUGUCGCUACGAGCUGGCAAUUUUUGACGGCCACGGCGAAUAAUAAUCGUAUCGCGGAUUUUUCAUAAAUUCAUUUUCGUGCAAGCCGAGAGAGCAUAGAGAAGCCUUACGAAGCGCAACGAUCACAUGCACAAUAUAUAUGCCACACAACGAUACAUGCUUUACCUGCGUCACUUUGGCGACUUCUGCUAGUUGUUUGUUGGUCAUUGCGAAGAGCGGACUCGACUGCGCGUAAGAUAAUUGCAAUUUGUGCACUCGAUCGCUGCAGACAACACCAACACCAGUGACUCGAUAUUGCCCUUCAAGAAACUGCUCUGAUGUUGCACAGAGCACGGAGUCGCGAUGUUGAAUCGAGACAUCGAGUACAUAGAAAACGAUGGCUUCGAUCGACAUGAGAUUUUUUUCUACAAAGCUAAUGACAUCCCGGCGGUCGUGAGUACUUUGAAGCCAGCGAGAGGACAAAAGUUUGGAGAAUCUUUAACGUUUUCUUUCUUCAAGAAUGUCUUUCUACCUCAAGGCUUUCCUGAGUCUGUUCACAAAGACUAUGUUGCUUAUCAAAUUUGGGACACUUUGCAGGCCUUUGCAAGUACCAUCAAUGGGACUCUAACAACUCAUUCGAUUAUGAGAGGUGUUGGAGUGGGUGAGUCUUCAGCAACUCCUUUGGCAGCUGCAAUUACAUGGAUUAUGAAAGAUGGAACAGGGAUGAUUGGGAGGAUAAUAUUUGCUUGGUGGCAAGGGAACAAUUUAGAUAGUCAGUGUAAGAAAUGGAGACUUUUUGCAGAUAUUUUAAAUGACGUUGCAAUGUCAAUAGAAGUUAUGUUACCAUACUUAUCGUCUUCGUUUCUUUCUUAUUCUUUGUAUACCUUAUGUUUAACUACGGGUAUGAAAGCAAUAGUUGGUAUCGCUGGUGGAGCAACAAGAGUAGCCAUAAUGCAACAUCAUGCCAUCAAAGAUAAUAUGGCAGAUGUCUCUGCUAAAGAACAUAGUCAAGGAACUCUGGUCAAUUUAGCCGGUUCAAUUGUUGGCAUUUUAAUUCUAUUAGUUGUUCCUGAAAAACUUUUUAUAUACCUAUGUUUCAUCCUAGUCAUAGUACACGUUAUUUCAAAUUACUAUGGAGUAACAUCGCUUGAAAUUAAUACCUUGAAUGAAGAUCGUUUAUGUUUGGUGAUUGAAGAUUUUUUAGUUGAUCAAUCAAUAUCAAGGGUUGAAGAUAUCAAUAAAAGGGAAUCUGUCUUUUUAUUUUUAGAAAAACCUUCCAAAAAAAUUUUUGGUUUUAAUAUAGAAAUAGGUGGCUCUUUACAGCAAGUUCUUCAAUGGGGUUUAAUUCAGUCACAAGAUGUUUGGUGUUUACUGAAUCUUUUCCAAACCAGAAAAUUUUUACCUGUAGUUAAUUUGAAAACUAGAAAGAUUUACAUUAUUCUCACAGAAGAUGUAAAUGAUACAGACAUUUUAAAAGCAUAUUUUCAUUCUUGUAUUUAUGCUUUAAUGAUAUGUCAAAUAAAAAAUCUGCGAUGUGAAGCUUUAACAAAAAUGCAGUGGAGUGGAUCAUCAUAUGUAAAUCAUAACAAGGUACAGGAAAUUGCAACUAGAUUAAAUGAUGAUGAACUAGUACUUCCUGGCGAAUUAGUCUUAGCUCUGGAUCAAAUAGCUUUACAAGAAUAUAAUUCAUUUUCUAAAGUUUUGAAUGAAAGCGAUUGGAUAGUCAAAUCAAAUAUGUUGCCUGUGAAACAAUGGAGAGGAACUUGGCGAUAAUUUAUAAUCUUUAUUUUUUUAUAGUUUAAUUAUUUUGCUGAAAGUGAAACUUCUUACUUAAUUUUAG